AUGGAGGGACAGACCCCAGGAGACAGAGGCCUUUCGGAAAAGCCGGUCCCCACGGCCACCCGCCCCAGUCUGUCCUCACUGGGUGCUGUCUUCAUUCUCCUGAAGUCCGCGCUGGGCGCCGGCCUGCUCAGCUUCCCGUGGGCCUUCCACAAGGCGGGUGGGGUGGCCCCCGCUUUCCUAGCGGAGCUGGUCUCCUUGGUCUUCCUGAUCAGUGGGCUGGUCAUCCUGGGCUAUGCUGCCUCCGUCAGUGGCCAGGCCACCUACCAGGGCGUGGUCGGAGGGCUGUGUGGCCCCACCAUCAGGAAGCUGUGUGAGGCCUGCUUCAUCAUCAACCUGCUCAUGAUCUCCGUGGCCUUCCUCAGGGUGAUCGGGGACCAGCUGGAGAAGUUGUGCGACCUGCUGCUGCCCGGCGCCCCGCCAGCCCUGCAGCCCUGGUACACCGACCAGCGCUUCACCCUGACACUGCUCUCCAUGCUGGCCAUCCUGCCCCUGUCCGCCCCACGUGAGAUCGGCUUCCAGAAAUACACAAGCAUCCUAGGCACCCUGGCCGCCUGCUACCUGGCCCUGGUCAUCGUGGCACAGUACUACCUCGGGCCCCAAGACCUCGCUCGUGAGCCCCACCUGGCAUCGAGUCCUUCCUCCUGGGCCUCCGUAUUUAGUGUCUUUCCCACCAUCUGCUUCGGAUUUCAGUGUCACGAAGCUGCCGUGUCCAUCUACUGCAGCAUGCGCCACCAGAGCCUCGGGCACUGGGCCCUCGUCUCCGUGCUGUCCUUGCUGGCCUGCUGCCUUGUCUACUCGUUGACAGGCGUGUACGGCUUCCUGACCUUUGGGACAGACGUUUCUGCUGACAUCCUGAUGUCCUACCCAGGCAACGAUGGGGUCAUCAUCGUUGCCCGGGUCCUCUUCACUGUGUCCAUCGUGACUGUCUACCCCAUCGUGCUCUUCCUGGGGAGGUCAGUGAUGCAGGAUUUCUGGAGGAGGGGCUGCUGCUGGGCGUGUGGGCCCCAGCCCCUGGCCGAGCCCUCGGGGCCGUGGGUCCGGAUGUCGCUGACCGUCCUGUGGGUCACCGUGACGCUCGCCAUGGCCCUGUUCCUGCCCGACCUCAGCGAGAUCAUCGGCGUCAUCGGUGGCGUCAGCUCCUUCUUCAUCUUCAUCUUCCCAGGCCUGUGCCUCAUUUGUGCCAUCAGUGUGGAGCCCGUCGGACCCCGAGUUAAGUGCUUCCUGGAGGCCUGGGGGGUGGUCUCCGUGCUCGUCGGCACCUUCAUCUUCGGGCAGAGCACGGUGGCGGCUGUCAUGGAGCUGCUCUGAGGGGCGGCCCGCGGCCGAGCGGGAUGGGGUCUCCACGGCUGCCCUGGUCCGGCUGCCUGCAUCCAGCCGUGAGACCGAUGUUAUCUCAUCAUAAAGAUGCUGGAGAAACGGAUACGUUCUGCCUUCCCAGGCUGCUCAUUUGGGCUUCUGCUGGUUCCCAGGGUUUCUGGUGCAGUGGUGAGGAGUUUCUUAGUGUCCUGGGCCUGUCCUGCAAGUGACCACAGACUGGGGGCUUCUGGCAACAGCAGUGCAUUCUCUCACAGUCUGGAGGCUAGAAGUCUGAGAUCAAGGUGUGGGCGGGGCUGGCACCCUCCCUCUGCAGGCUCUAGGGGGACGGUCCCUCCUGCCUCUUCCGGCUUCUGCUGGUUGCUGGCCAUCCUUGGUUCUCCUUGGCUUGUGGCUGCAUGCGUCCAAUUUCUGCCGCCUCCCAUGUGGCCGUCUUCCCUAUGUAUCUGUCUCAAUUUCCCUCUUACAGGGCUCACCCUACUUCAGUAUGGCUUCAUCUUGAUUACUUAAUUGGGAUCUGCAAAUAUCCUAUUUCCAAAUAAGGUCACAUUCACGGUUUCCAGAGGUUAGGGCUUAAACUGUGUCCCCCAGAAAAAUAAGUUAAACCCAUAACUGGGAGGCAGGUGCUGAGGCCCAGAGAGCCCUACUUUGGGGUGCUGAGAUCAAAGGCACGAGGCAAGGGCAUUGCUCGGUGGGUGAGAGCCCAGAGGGCAUUUGGAGCGGCCUCCGGUGGCGAUGGCAGUGCCACGGCACGGGGGAAUGCCCAAGGAGAUGCGUGCCCAGAGCUGGCCACACAGCCUGUGCUUGGCCUCGCUCCAGUGGGGGGGGGGGGACCCGAGGAGAGCCCCCGCCCCUUCCACUGGCUGGACCUGAAGAGCCUGGAGGCCAAGUGCGCUGUCUGCUCCAUGAUUCCCUCCCCGAUCCGGGGGUGAGGAACCACGCCUGGAGCUGCGGCUGAGGGGGCAGGGAUCUGCCCGCGGCCGGGGAGGAGAGGAGGACGGGGCCAGGGGCUCCCGCGUCGCCGCCCCCGGCACUGACCCUGCCCAGGGCCCGGCAACCCCCGGGUGGAUGUUGCUGGAUUCAGGCCGCUCUUCCUCUGCCCUGGGACGUCUGCCAGGAGCCAGCAGUGCCAGAGCCUGCGUGGGCUGACGUCCUUCAGACACCUCCCUCCAGGGAUUUGCCCGUUCUGGACUUUCCACAUGAAUACAUGGCCUUUUGUGUCUGGUUCCUUUGACUUAGCGUGAUGUUUUCAAACUCGCCCAUUUUCCAGGUGGAGGGGAUUCUCAUAGGACUGAGCCUCAGAUCGGCCAUGAUCACGCAAGGACAUGAUGCACAGAAAUGCAGGCUGGGAUGCCGCCCUCUGAUGUCUGAGCUCGUGAGGCAGGAUGGCGGCCACAUGCCUCCCGUGGAAGGCUUGGGUUUUGAAUGGGACACGGCAAGGGACACAGAUGCUGAACAUCUGUUUGAGCAGAACUCGUAGACCACGAAGGUGACGCCGUCCGCCAGCCUCACGGCAGCGAUGCUGCAAGAGGAGAGAGACCGGACUCAGUGGCUGCACGGGGCUGCCGGCCUGCUUGCUCCCCAAUGGGGUGCACACAGGGCCACACGCCCCCCCAGACAGGGCGGCCCGAGCCAGGCUCGGGGCUGCCUGAAGACCCUGGAAACGUGAGGCUGGCAGAAGCUGCAGCAGCCGGGGGUGGUGACAGGCCCGCAAGGCAGCCUGUCACCACCCGAGGCUGCCCUCAGUAAGACGCUCCCUUUCUGAUCAGGCCCCCCGAACCCUCCAGGACCAGCCACCUAGUCUGAUCAGCUGCGUGCACCUCUCUACCCUCUAGAGCAAGGCCUGGCCCGGUACAGGGGCCAGCGUGGCUGCUGAAUGAACGACAGUGAAACGUCUUUGAAAAAGGCUUUCUAGUCAUUGAAAAACCUACCUUUAAAACUAAAAGCAUCUCCACCUCCCACGUUGUCCUUCAUAAUCAUUUUUUCAUUUAAUCCUUAAAAGUAGGAGAAUCAGACAUGGCCCAAGGCCAGAGCUGUCGUCCCUGUGUGAGCACCAGGGUACUCACCCCAUUUCAAGUAAGACAGAGACCCAGGCUGGGGGGAUGGAGCAAGG